AUGGUUCAGCGCUGUAGGUAGCUUUCUUCGUGCAACCAGUAAUAGUUGCAUCGAUUAAUGAUCGGGAGAUAAGUCGGUAAGUGACACCGAGGAGAAAUUUGAUUAUGUAGUAGCGGUCGCCCGAUUAUGUAUAAGAUUUUCACUGUCUUUGCCAAACAGUAGCUAUCGAGCAAAACUCGGGCGACACUCGAUCGUUUCUAUGUACGAACAAAAAUGACUUUACCUGAUGGAGUCACGAUUGCGGUUGUAUUCACCGUGAACCUGCUGGCAGACGUCGCUUGUGAAGUUGCCGGUAACUUGACC